UGAUUGUGUCAUUUUAAAUAGUCUUAAAGCAGACAAGCCGGAUCUUAGUUUACUCUUACCGAGGCUUGCACGAAUUGCUAUUUUCUGGAAAAAAAAUGUCUAAAUUCAAUGGAACAUGGGUGGAAAAAGAAUUAGAUCCAAGCUUUGAUGCAUUUAUGGAUGCAAUAGGACUGGGGGAAUACAAGGAAAAAUACAGGAACGUAAGGACAACGGUAACAUACGAAUGUAACGGAGAAAAUUGGAAAAUAACAUGGCUUUCCUCACUGUGUCCCGACAAGCCCACGACGGUUAAUAUUCAGAUAGGGAAAGAGUUUGACACAAAGGGUCCUGAUGGAUCGGAUGUAAAGUCGACACUCACCGUGAUAAGCGACUGUGAAAUGAAAGAACACGCCGUAACAAAUACUGAUGACGGCAAAAACCGAGAAUUCAUCGUCACCAGAAAGGUUAAUGGAGAUGUUUUGGACUAUACCACAGAGGCUAUUCCUUCUAAGGCUACAAUGAAAGGGAGAAUGUACAGAAAGAAGUAAUGAAAUGACAUGGUUACUUUAUUGAAAUCUUAGAAAUAAACAGGGUUUUUCUGAAAGUGUGCACUCAUUAGUUACAGAAACUCAUAUUUGUGUGAAGGCAUUGGAAUAACAUGAAUAACGAAGGAAAUCUUUUUGCUUCAGUUUGACUUCAAAAAUAAUUGUUGUUAAAUUGAUAGAUUAUAAUUUAAAUCAAUCAACGAAAAUGCAUAAAAUAUAUAU